AUGAUGCCAGCCGAAAGGGUAAGGCCUUGUAUUGGAAAUGCUGGCCCUGAAAAUCAAAAAAGGAAAGCCUGGAAGGUGGAAUAUGCAGGCCCAGAAGCCUCCACGUCUGUAUGGGGCAGACCACCCACUGUGAUCUACUCCUUGUUAUUUGGACCCAGUAGAGCUCUACCAGACUUUUCCAGCACAGGCUGGCUUAAGAAUGACCCAAAGCCUCAGGUCUGCCAGCUCCAACAACUGCCCAUGCCACUGCAGAUGCAUCCACCAUUGGAGGCGGCAGUAGGAGGCUUCGCCUUCCCCUCGAGGACAACGACAGCACUCGACCGACUCUAUUUUGCGACUUUACGGAACAGACCAAAAAGCACAAUAAACACCCACUAUUUCUGUACGGAUGAGGAACUUGUCUAUGAAAAUUUUUAUGCAGAUUUUGGUCCUCUCAACUUGGCCAUGCUUUAUCGAUACUGCUGUAAAUUAAACAAGAAACUAAAGUCAUUCAGUCUAUCAAGGAAGAAAAUAGUGCAUUACACCAGCUUUGAUCAACGGAAACGAGCAAAUGCAGCAUUUUUGAUAGGUGCAUAUUCAGUGAUUUACUUGAAAAAAACUCCAGAAGAGGUUUACCGGAUACUUCUAUCUGGAUCCAAUCCACCGUAUCUUCCAUUUAGGGAUGCUUCAUUUGGAAAUUGCACAUAUAAUCUUACUAUCCUGGACUGUCUACAGGGAAUUAAAAAGGCCUUACAGCAUGGGUUUUUUGACUUCAGAACAUUUGAUGCAGACGAAUAUGAACAUUAUGAGCGAGUAGAAAAUGGUGACUUCAAUUGGAUUGUCCCAGGGAAAUUUUUAGCAUUUAGCGGACCACAUCCAAAGACCAAAAUUGAAAAUGGCUAUCCACUCCAUGCACCCGAAGCAUAUUUCCCAUAUUUCAGGAAACACAACAUAACAACAGUCAUAAGACUCAACAAAAAGAUUUAUGAAGCAAAGCGUUUCACAGAUGGCGGCUUUGAGCACAACGACCUGUUCUUCAUAGACGGAAGCACACCAAGCGAUAAUAUAGUGCGACGAUUCUUGAACAUCUGUGAGAACGCAGAAGGUGCCAUAGCUGUACAUUGUAAAGCUGGGCUAGGAAGAACAGGAACACUGAUAGCCUGUUAUAUAAUGAAGCACUAUAGAUUCUCGCAUUCUGAAGCCAUUGCCUGGAUAAGAAUGUGUCGUCCUGGUUCUAUCAUUGGACCCCAGCAGCACUUUCUUGAAGAGAAACAAAAACCCUUGUGGAUCCAAGGAGACAUCUGCCGAUCCAGACUGAAGCCAAGAGUCGAGGAAGAAAGCAUGUGCAAAGUUAUGUCCAGUUUUGAUGACAUUUCUAUCAGUGGGACUUUAGAAAGAUAUGGGGAGAAUGAUGUAGAAGACAAUGCAGAAGUAGAAGCUAAGAAUGGUAUGACUCAGGGAGACAAGCUUCGUGCCUUAAAACUUCGGCGGCAGCCACGUUCAGCUACGACAGGCGCUCUUAAGCUAGAAGAUAUGAAGCUGCAUACAAGAUCCACGUCUCAGCCUUUCAGACUGAAUACUUCAGCAAUCUCACAAGGAUCUAUAUCUCCUUUGAAAUCCUCCAAAGUGAUGGCAAUGUCACCCACAGCAAAGAGAAUAAACAGAAACUCUGCAUCCACAAGCUCAAAUUUAAAAAGCAUUUCCAUAAACUCCAGGCUAGCCAGUUCUCUAGGGAACCUGUAUGCCGCUUCAGAUGAUGCUGAGAGCAAACUGACAUCAUCGUCCUCUAGGACAGGUUAUUCUGUAAACCAAACCUCCAGUCAUUUGAAUGGCAGUGCUCAGCUGCCUGCCAGAAAUUACCAUGAGCUGAACAACAACCUGUACAACAGGAGCGGCAGUAGUGCUACCAACCUCAACAGCUAUGCCAAUUCUCCCAGCGUCCUGACAGACGAGUACAGCACCUACAGAUCUUUUACGGGGCUCGCUGCUUCUCCAGCAAGAUACCUGAGUCGCUCAAUUCCUUCCCUUCAGUCUGAAUAUGUUCAGUACUAAAGCCUUGUUGCUUCGGUGAAAGCUGGAUAGCUCUUACAAUUCAGUGUUCUUCACGGAUGAGCAAUACUGAGGGGAGCAAGCAACCCACAGGGAAGAGAGACCCUUUCAUACCUGAUUAGAACUCUAAAGACAACUAGGUCUUUGAAUAAUCACAGACUUCACUUAGUGACUACUGCAGAUGUACUGAACUUCUGAACAUUACAAUUGUGU